AUGAGUUCCAUCUCGGACCAUUCAUCUGAUGAUGAGGAAUUGAACCAGGCUAUAAUGGCCAGUCUUGAGAGUAAUGUGACAAUCGCACAUCCGAGCACUAAGUCAGCACAAGAAGUGCUCCUCAAUCUUGCAUCCCAAAUCAGCAGUAACCAAAGAUGCAGGUUUAACAUUAAUAGGUCGUCAGUUCUGGAUGGUGCCAUUCGUGGCUUCAAACGACUGUCCUACAAUCCUGCAUCCCAGAUGUGUGUCAAGUUUUCAGAUGACUUGGGAAUGGAUGAAGAGGCUGUGGAUCUUGGUGGCCCAAGGAGAGAAUUUUUAAGAUUGCUUAUGGAAGCCUUGGCACUGUCACCAAUGUUUGAAGGAAGGGACAGCAAACUGAGUUUGGCUCUAGACAGUACUGCUUUAAGAGAAGAUCGGUAUUUCAUCGCUGGACAGGCCAUUGCUGUAAGCCUUGUUCACGGUGGUCCUCCACCAGGAUUUCUUGCACCAACACUGUAUUCGAGUGUAGUUGUUGGAAAUUCCUCAAUAAAGCCUGUCUUGGAAGACAUUGCAGAUGCUGACCUUUAUGAGAAGGUUAAAAAGGUGUCAGAAUGUUCGUCUUUGGAUGACCUGUUACACACCACAGAACCAUUGCAAGAUUAUCUGGCAAAUGCAGGGUGUCUCAGGCCAUUGAAAUGCAUCGAAGACAGAGACUUGCUGGUCCAAGACAUUACCAUGUUCCAGGUGGUCCACAGAGUUGCCGGGGCAUUUGAAAGAUUUAAGGAGGGGCUGAAGGUCCUUGGUGUUCUAGAUGCAAUCAGAAUGCAUCCAGAAAGUUUCAGGCCCUUAAUGUGCCACGAACCAACGGCUCUCACUGCUGACUUAAUGGACCAUCUUUUCCACAUCCGGCUGUCUGAAGUGGGAAGCAACAAGAGAAGGACAGAGGAACUUGUUGUACCAUUUUGGAGGGAUUACCUGCAAGAUGUUGAAGAGCAAGAGGGACCAUCAAAGCUAGGUAAAAUCCUAGCCUUUGCAACAGGUGCAAGUGUCGUCCCUCCAGUUGGCUUCUCCCCUCAGCCAUCAAUUGAUUUCCUGCAUGAACAUUCCUCCAGCCCCAAACAGCGUUUGCCCAUGGCGAACACUUGCAUCAACUGCCUAAAGUUGCCACUGCUUGACACUUAUGAGGCUUUUAGGGAGAGCAUGGACUUUGCAAUAGGUAACACACAGGGUUUUGGUAGAGAAUAA